GUUACCGAAAGAAGCAUCAAACAGUCGACAGCCAAGUCGAAGAUAAGUUUGCCUUUCGUGUGAGCCAAACAAAGUUUUAUCUUAACAAAAUGUUCAAGUUUGUAGUGUUGACCGCCUUGGUUGCCUGCGUAGCAGCCGCACCAGGAAACUUAGUCAUUCCAGCAACACCUGUUGUUGCUGCUCCAGUGGUUGCCGCACCUGCAGUUGCUGUGCACCAUGUUCCAGUUGCUACUAGCCAACAACAUCUCUACAAAGCACCAGUUGUCAAAGCUGCACCAUUACUUGUCAAGACUCCAGUUGUUGCUCCAGUAGUCCACGCUGCACCAGCUCUUGUUAAAGCUACUCCAGUAGUCCAUGCUGCACCAGUUGUUGCUUCAGCUGCCAUCGUCAAGACUGCUCCAGUUGUUGCUGCUCCAGUUGUAGCUGCUGCUCCAGCUGUUGCUGUCCACUCACCAGUCUCCUAUGCCACCAGCUACUCCAACAACUACAAAACCCAUGUUGUUGGUACACCACUCGCUGUCGUUCACUAAAAUGUUUUGAAUUUUAUUUGUAAUAUAUUUUUAUGCAUAAUGAUCCUCUGGAUUUUUUAAACAAUAAAAUUGCAGUUUAUCAUA